GACCAUGGGCAGGGAGUUUCAGAAGAUGUUCUGAUCCUCCCUUUUGGAGGGACGUGGAAUCCCCUCAAAGGUCUGAGACAAGGCGGGUCGCUCCUGCUGGUCGGCAUGAGGCCAUCGUCUAGCUUUUGGUUUUGGAGGGAUGUGGAAUCCCCUCAUCGGUUUUGGAGGGACAUGGAAUCCCCUCAAAGGCUAGCUUUCAGUUUUGCUUCCAUGGAGUUGGAAGACUUUCUAGGGGCCCUCUGUUUGUCUGUUUUUGUGUUUCUCUGUUUUGUUCUGUGGACUUACUGGACGGACGUUAUGGGACAAAAUCAGACUACUCCUCUAAGUAUUAUGAUUGAUCACUUUAAGGAUGUGAGGGGAAGAGCUAACAACCUCAGUGUGGAAGUCCGAAAGGGUCGGUGGCAGUUUUUUUGUUCUAGCGAGUGGCCAACUUUCAAUGUCAGAUGGCCACCAGAGGGGACCUUCGACCUCCCUACCAUCCACCUAGUCAGGAGUAUCAUCUCUCGGCCUAAGAUGGGCCAUCUUGAUCAGCUCCCUUACAUUAUCACUUGGCAGGACCUUGUAGAAGACCCACCCUCUUGGCUUAAGCCCUUCCUAGCCCUGCUCCCUCCAGAGCCAAAACCCAUUCUUGCUUUGCAGGGGACAAAGAAGAAGAAAAGUCUUACCCAGCCUUCAGCACCCCUCUACCCUGUCCUACAGGGGGGUACUGAAGAAGAAUUAAUUUUUCCUCCCCCGUAUAACCCCUCUAGGAUGCCGGAAGAACACCAUCCUCCCCCUCCGGGGGAGGCAGACGCAGUUCCGAGAGUGGGAGGUGGAAACGCUCCAGUGGGAAGCCCGCCCUUUACCAGACAAAGGGCUCAGAGGGAGCAAUCCGCCUCCACCGCCUACUCCACUACUCUGCCCCUGAGAGCCACCGGACCCCCAGACGCGGAGGGAAAUCAGCCCCAUCACUAUUGGCCUUUUGCCACUAGUGACCUCUACAAUUGGAAAGCUCAGAAUCCUAAGUUUUCCGAGAAACUGGCAGGGCUUAUUGAUUUAUUAGACUCUGUUCUUUUUACCCAUCAGCCCACGUGGGACGAUUGCCAGCAGCUUUUGCAGGUCCUGCUCACGCCUGAAGAAAGAGAAAGAAUCCUCAAUGGGGCCCGAAAACUAGUUCCGGGUGCAGACGGGAAUCCCACCACCAACCAGGCUCAGAUAGAUGCCUCCUUCCCCUUAACUCAGCCCCAGUGGGAUUUCAACACGGAAGAAGGUAAGGAGAGGCUCCGGGUCUACCGCCAGACUCUAAUGGGGGGUCUCCGAAUGGCUGCUAGAAAGCCAACCAAUUUGGCCAAGGUAGGAAAUGUACAACAGGGAAAAGAUGAAUCUCUGGCUGCCUUUUUAAAACAGAUCAUGGAGGCAUUCCGUACCUAUACCCCCAUGGAUCCAGAGGCUCCGGAAAGCAAGGCAGCUGUUAUCAUGGCCUUUGUAAACCAAUCGGCCAUAGACAUUAGGAGAAAAUUACAGAAAAUAGAUAGACUAGGAGAAAAAAGUCUGCAGGACUUACUGGUGGUAGCCGAAAAGGGAUAUAAUAACCGGGAGCCUCCUGAGGACAAGCAGGCUCGUGCCAUGGCGGCUGCCAGCAGUAAGCAGACUCAAGACCUGGCCAGAAUACUACUAGCUACCAUUGCUGACUCCCCCGAGGAACGAGACCGCCGUCUCUGGCAGCUGGCAGAUGACACAAGAAAAGGUAAAGGAACCACCAAGGGGGGGGAAGCAGAGGCUGCAGAAGAAUCAGUGCACAUACUGCAAGGAGAUAGGGCAUUGAGCCCGAGAUUGUCCAAAAAGGGUCGGCGGGUAGGGAAGCAAGACUGAUUGAGUAAAAGUCCUAGAGAUAUAUG